UAUACUAAAAAUGUGGUAAAUGUAAAUGAACCGAGCUAUAUUAUCGUUUUGCUACACCGCCGCGGUCAGUUCAAGCUCGAAAAUGGCUAUAAAACUAUAUUAUUUCGAGGCUGCUCCACCUGUCAGAUCAGUGUUGAUGACUAUUAAAGCUCUAGGACUUUCUGUGGACUUAAUUAGGCUUAAUCUGUCGGAGAAGGAACAAUUGGCAGAGAGUUAUUUAAAGGUGAACCCUACGCAUACUGUACCAAGUUUGGAUGAUAAUGGGUUCAUUGUAUGGGAUAGUCACGCUAUAAUACAAUAUCUUGUGGAUAAGUAUGGAAGAAAUGACGACCUUUAUCCGAAAUAUUUCGAACAAAGAACAAAAGUUAACCAAAUGCUCUUCUUCGAUACAAGCAUCUUGUUUCCGUCUUUAGCAAGAUCUGUUAGACCAGUGUUUUAUAAGGGCGCUUCAGCUAUACCAGAAGAAAAAGUCGCUAUAAUUGAAGAAGCGUUUACAUUCUUAGAAACAUUCCUGAAAGCACAAGAAUAUCUAACAGGAAAUAGUCUUUCAGUCGCCGAUAUUUGUGCUGUAUCAACUGUUUCCACUGUUGAACUAUUUCAUCAAGUGAACGUCUCGAAAUACCCCAAACUUAAAGCCUGGCUGGAUAAGAUGAAAAGCCUGGAUUUUUAUGAAGCUAAUUUGGAAGGUUUGAAGAAAUUCUCUGAUAUGAUAAUGCCACUUUUGAAAUCAUAAAAGUAUUAUAUUCAUUUCAUUAAUUAAUUUGUGUAUUUUUGGUUUUUUAUGUAACCAUCUGUAAUCUUUUUUAUUUACUAUGUUUUAAAUAUAGGUACAUUCUAAGCGUU